CGCUGGCUGUCGAGGCGCUGUCCUGCAAACGGUUCCGCGCUUUGUAGAAAAACGCCCAAAACUUUUUGGGAGGAAACCUGUUCUUGUGAGGUGGGGUACAACUUGGGACGGACUAGUGAUGGCGAUAAGAAGCUUCAAGUCAGUCACGCCUGAUUCAGUGGAACAGCUAGAAGGAGGCGUGGAGCGGCUAUAAAGAAACAGAACUAUGUCAACUCGUGUUCAGACCUGACGGAGCUGCUUUCCUCUCCACAGCAAGCCUUCACGACGUCCCCUAGAUGGCGUACUCCACCAGCACGCUCGCACAGGGCUGUUUCGGGAAGGUCUACAAACAGAAGUACAACGACACCUGGGCCGCGAUAAAGAAGGUCCCCCAGCAACUCAUCAACAGGAAGGACCUGGAGAGAGAGUGCGAUGUGUACAACAAGUUGAAUCAUCCCAACAUAGUGAAGCUUCUGGGAAACAUCAAUCUGAAAGACGGGAAAUGGGUCAUUCCUCUGGAGUUCAUCUUCGGAGAGGACCUGGAGACGACCAUCUUCAAAGCUUCCAAGUCUAAAAUACAGUUGACUCCAUCUAAUCGAGGAACUAUUAUUAUUGGCAUGUGUGAGGGGCUGCAGCACCUCCACUCCAAAGAUAUUGUCCAUCAAGACCUCAAGCCUGAAAACGUAAUGGUAGAACAUGACACCAACCGAGCGGUGAUCAUCGACCUGGGACUCGCCAAGUUCUUCCGACGUGGCCUCAACUCUGCCAUUGACAUGGGCAACGAGGCCUACUCGGCCCCUGAGGUGCUGCAGAAGGGCAGCCAGCGGGACCAGCGCUCAGACGUGUGGGCCAUGGGUAAGAUCAUCACCGAGCUCUGCGCCCGGAUUCGGCUGUACACACCCUCCGUCUGCCCCGCCAAGAUCAAGGAUACCCUGCACGAUCAGCCAUACUGCCACGCUGUGUGCAGGAUGGUGGAGCCCGACCCUUCUCUGAGGGCCUCCAUGGGGGGGGUCAUCAGUGAAAUACGAAGGGCCGGGGGUGCAGGAACCGUCACCAACGCACCUACACAACAAGACCACCUCAAGCCACCUUCAGCCAAUGUUAAUGCCAGAAACCGGUCUCCGUCCCCCAGGAACAGGGAUCCAUCUCCCCAGAGAAGAGAUCCAUCGCCAUUUAAAAGAGAUCCAUCGCCAUUUAAAAGAGAUCCAUCGCCCUUCCACAGGGAUCCUUCCCCAUUAAACAGAGCCCCAUCGCCAUUCAACAGGGAUCCUUCCCCAUUAAACAGAGCCCCAUUGCCAUUCAACAGGGAUCCUUCCCCAUUAAACAGAGCCCCAUCGCCAUUCCACAGGGAUCCUUCCCCAUUAAACAGAGCCCCAUCGCCAUUCCACAGGGAUCCUUCGCCAUUUAAACAAGAUCCUUCGCCGCUAAAAUGGGAGCGAUCACCCAGACCAGACCCCACAGCACACCGCCCCUCUCCCCCUGUCCUUCGGAGGACUGAGGACAAAGACAAAAACCAGGCUCUGGUGCCGACAGGAGGGGGCGAACUCACACAGGGCCUCAUGAAAAUGAGGCUUUACCAGGAGGCCGCCAUGGAUCUGCCCUGCAACCUGCCCACGACGGGGAGGGUGGUGGUGCGGCGCUUUGAGGAGAAAAACGGGGAGGUGGAAACUUGGGAGCAGAAGGAGGUGGUGACACGUGACGGGAAGAUCGUCAAGUUCGACAACGUCAAGUUUAACAGCAAUUAGGACAAGAGUUUAGGGAUUUGUUAAAUGUCGUCACAAAGCAAUUGAACUGGUUUGUUCAGGGUCAGAUCCUCUUGGGAGAGUUUGUAAAAACACAUUUCCAAAGAGUAAACUGAGAAACUGUAACAAAAACAUUCUCCGGGUGUUUAAAGCUGUGAUAAGAAGAGAUCUUGACAAAGUUGGUUGGUUGAGCCUGAACAUGAUUUUCGGAAUUUGACUGAGCUGCUCAUUUUCUUGCCAAGAUAGAAAUGUCCGCAGGGGUGAGCAACCAUUUUGUGACACUUUACCAUGACCGCUUGACACUGUGAACACUAAAUUUGUAUAAAUAAAUCAGAAAAUUCUGUUUCAGUUGCAGAGAUGUU